UUACAUUGGAAUCGGCUCCUUGGUGGUCUUUGGGGACCUCGAAAUCUGGGCACAACAAAAUACACUCUGCUACUACUUACUGGAGAUAGAGGAUACACCUUUGAAGCUGAGUUUUUAAAACUAAAGGAGGCGGAGAAACACGCGGGAGUUUCCUGCGUCACAGCCUCGGUGGACGACAUUCAGUUUGAGGAGGCGGCGAGAGUUGGGCAAGUUAUAACCAUCAAAGCCAAAGUUACUAGAGCCUUCAACACCAGCAUGGAGAUAAGUAUCAAGGUCAUGGUUCAGGACAUGCUCACUGGCACUGAGAAGCUUGUGAGUGUCGCUUUCUCUACAUUUGUGGCCAAACCAGUUGGAGAAGAAAAGAUUCAUUUAAAACCAGUCAGACUCUUGACUGAACAAGAUCGCGUGGAACACGAUCUGGCUUCCGAGAGAAGGAAAGUUCGAUUACAACAUGAAGACACCUUUCAGAGCUUAAUGCAGGAAAGCAGCAAGUUUGAAGAUCCCGUGUGCGACGAGGAGGCGGCGACAGGGACCAGCGGCACUGCCGUGCAGAGCAUCGAGCUGGUGCUGCCGCCGCACGCGAACCACCACGGAAACACCUUCGGGGGCCAGGUCAUGGCGUGGAUGGAGAGCUCAGCCACCAUCGCUGCAGGCCGCCUGUGCCGAGGGCACCCCUUCCUGAAGUCCGUGGACAUGUUCAAGUUCCGGGGUGCCUCCACCGUCGGGGACCGGCUGGUCUUCAGCGCCGUUGUCAACAACACGUUCCAGAGCUGUGUGGAGGUCGGGGUGCGCGUGGAGGCCUUCAACUGUCAGGAGUGGGCCGCGGGCCGAGGCCGGCACAUCAACAGCGCCUUCCUCAUCUACACUGCUGUGGACCAUGGGGAGGAGCCUGUCACCUUCCCCAAGAUCAAACCCAUUUCCAAGGAUGACUUCAGACGCUACCGGGGAGCAAUCGCUCGCAAGAGAAUUCGCCUGGGCAGGAAAUAUGUUAUUUCCCACAAAGAAGAGGUUCCCAUCUCUACACACUGGGACACGAGCAAGCAGGCAUCCCUGAGCCAGGGCAACGUGGAGGCGCUCAGAGAGCUGGCGGCCAGACGCGGCUGGGAAGUGACCAGCGCUUUGGAAAAGAUAAAAAUAUACACCCUGGAAGAGCAAGAUGUCAUAUCAGUUUGGGUUGAAAAGCGUGUGAAAGGCCCAGCACACCUGGCUUAUCAUCUCUUGUCUGACUUCACGAAGCGACCGUUGUGGGACCCGCACUACACGUCCUGCAACCUCAUAAGCCAGGUGAGUGAGGACGACCAGAUCUAUCACAUCACCUGUCCUAAGGUGAAUGGCGACAAACCCAAGGACUUAGUGGUACUCGUGUCACGAAGAAAGCCUCCCAAAGACGGGGACACCUACCUGGUGGCGGCGAAGUCAGUGGUCCUGCCGGCCAUCCCACCGUCUCCGCGGUACAGCAGAGGCGAAGUGGUGUGUGCAGGUUUUCUCAUCCAGCCCGCCGACAGCAGCUCCUGCACCGUGUCUUACUUGAACCAGAUGUCGGCUAGCAUCCUCCCUUACUUUGCCGGAAAUCUUGGUGGCUGGUCAAAAUCCAUCGAAGAAGCAGCAGCUUCUUGCAUACAGUUCAUAGAGAAUGCUACUGAUGAUGCUGUCUUUUAAACGGUCAACUUUCAAUUACCUGUCAUUUAAUUUCCCACUUUAAUGCCAAGUACCCUUGCCAGGUGAUGGACUCACAGAAUGACUGACUUUCAGACCAAGAAAAAUACAGUUAAGAGGUUGAAACCAAGCUGCAUCUCAAGUCAAAUCCCCAUGAUUUGACUUAGCAUUGAAAGAGCUUUAAAUUGUGUUAGAGGAUCCGGGCUCUGCCUCUUCCAGGGCACAGAAGCUGGAAAACUGCCUGGAUGCAAAACUGCCCAUCUGUAAAGUGGUGCAAAUUUAGUUUAAAUUAUCAUAAGCUACACGGGGGCAAUGUGUGCUCUGUUUGAAAUUUUCCAAAGUGUACAAUGAUGAUUUGCUGUAAUUGAUUAAUGUAUGGCAUGGUUCCACGUGCAGCAGGUAUCUGUCAGGGUGUCUGACAAGAUGUAUUACAUGCUUUAGGGCUUCACAUUAGGAAGGCAUUAAAACAUAAUAGAAUGUGAUCAAUUUUAGUAAUGGACACUGCGUUUCUAGUGUCAACUUUACAUAUGUUCUAGGUGGCUGGCCGAGAAGUGUGGAGUGCUAUGUACAGGCACAAAGUACCUGCAGAGCACACUGCCGCAGAGGGAGAGUGGCCCACCUGUGUGCCUCCUCCUAACUGUACAGCAGCACCUUGCCCCACCAUGCUGUGAUUUGUCUUCCAGAAUAUGUCGUUAGCCCCCUCGAGGGACAGCUUUCAGAAGGGGAAGGAGCUCUCCCCUGACUUAGAGCACUUAACAGGCUAGAUACACCGAGCUCGUAGUUUGCCAAAUCUUUCCCCCCUUUAUUUGCGGUGUUGGGGAUCAAACCCAGGGCCUGUGCCUGCUGGGCAAGCACUCUGCAUGGAGCCCACCCUCAGCCUGUUUGCCAAGUCUCGACCUCUGCUCCCGUGUCUGCCUCCCUCCUACCUGCCACCACACAGCCCAGGCCUGCUCACGAUUAGUUCUGCUGGUCUGUGGCAACAGGUCUUUGUGUACAUGAACUUCGGGCUGUGCUACAAUUUCAUGAAUUAAUAUCUGUAUACAAGUAGAUACAUAAAUUAUAAUGAUUAUUCAUUACAUGCCAGAUGUAAAAAAAAAGAUUUUUAGAAUAUUUUUACAUUUUAAGAAAGGUGAAGAAAGGAUCCUAACAUUUCAGGCUUCCCCUGUACUUAAGAUAAGUUUACAUGCAUCUCUCCAUCUCGGUCUUCACUUUCCCGUCCUAGUCGGAGACACUGUCCUCCCUCACAGCAGGAACUUCCUGACUCCCGUGCGUGUGUGUGUGUGUGUGUGUGUGUGUGUGUGUGUGUUUCCUGCACUCCCAUUUAUUCUCCAUUUAGCAGCCAGAAUACCUAAAAUGUUUGUACGAGCGCUCCCCUUCCUUCUGUAAAACUUCCUAAAGAGGAGAAAAUUUGCCUCUGUAUGGUCGGGUCGGGGUGGGAGCUUAUGGAGCUGGGACAGAAGGACGAGUGACUGCUAACAGGUGUGGGUUUCCUUUGGGGUGAUGAACAUGCUCUGAAAUUGACUGUGGUUACAGCUUCCCAGCAUUAUUAUAUACUAAAAAUCACUGGACUUUA